AUGGAGUUGUUCAUCUUUAUUGCUUUUCAGCUCCUUAUGGAGGUUCAGUCCUACAAAUCUCCUACUGUAAAAGUAUCUCCAGAUGUCAUAAGAGAGUCCAGCUCAGUGAAGAUCAGCUGUGAGACUCCAGCAGAUGUUAGAAUGAAUCAGUGUUAUUUCAUCACAAACAGAGAAGAGAAGAAUCUAAGAGUCAGUUCAUCAUGUGAGCUCGAGCUCACUGGUGCUGAAGUGCUCAGAUGGACAGGUGUAAAAUCCCCUGUAUCAAUCUACAUUAACUGCUUCUACACAAUACAUGAGCGAGGCAUCAAUAAACCAUCAUCUGAUUCUCCUCCUGCCACAGUGACGGUUCUAGAUGCACUUCAGAAACCCUUCAUCAGUGUUAGUGAUGAUGAUGACCAGCUCAGCAUAUCAUGUGAAAUACCACUUUCAGUCAGAGCUGAUUUCAUCUGUAGCCUCUACACUGAGGACGAUGUUCUUCUGUAUCAACGGGUCUCUCAGUGGAGUCAGUCUGGAAAGAAUCUUUGUAUGUUUUAUGUAAGUCGUAGUGAACUCUUCACACGAUCAGUGAACAGCAGACAGCUGAUCUGUGUUUAUUCACUAAAGACUGAACCUGAGAUCAGAUCACCGCACAGUGACACAUACACCAUCAGAGAUCUUGCUCAGGUCAAGUUGAGAGCAUCUGCUUCAGUUAUUCUGGAAACAGACACAGUUGAGCUGAGCUGUGAGAAUACUGAAGAUCUGAAGAUGGAGAAGUGUUACUUCAGCAUAAAUGGAGAAGAAAGUAACUCAAAAGUGAGCUCAUCAUGUCAGCUCUCACUCACUGGAUCUCAGAUCAGUGUUUGGUCUGGAGGUCAGAGUUCAUCUGUGAGAAUAAGCUGCUUCUACACUGUGAAUUUGUCACAAGUUCAAAAACCAUCUGCUCACUCUGAUCCAGUGACAGUUACAGUCCAGAUCUCAAUGGUGACCUCUAUUGAUGAAACUUUGACAACUGCCACAAAAACAAGCUCAUGGCUUUCAGUAGUGCUGGUUUUCUCUGUUAUUGGUUUAUUUCUGUCUGGACUCGUAGGAUUCAUCUGUCUGUGCCGCUUCACCAGUUCUGCUGAUGUUCUCACAGAGCUGAACUACACCUCCUGCCAGCUGGAAACAACGGCUCUUUUAACCUCUUCUGUCUGCCCCUCAAAACAUGGAUGA